AUGUCUUUCGGAAAGUUAUACACACGCGAGGGGAACGCACGUUCCACAGCCAUUCGAGCCGUCGCCAAGGCAAAUAAGCUUGACCUUGAGAUCGUUGACACGGACGUUUCCAAAGGGCCUCUCAGUACCGAGUAUUUGAAGCUUAACAAGCUUGGAAGAAUACCGUCUUUUGUGGGAGCAGAUGGAUACGAGUUGACCGAGUGCAUUGCCAUCGCCAUAUACGUCACGUCUCAGAAUGAGAAAACCAGCCUUCUCGGCAAGACCAAGCAAGAUUAUGCCUCCAUCGUCCGCUGGAUGUCUUUCGCCAACGCCGAGGUCCUCCCAGCCCUUGGGGGAUGGUUCCGCCCACUCAUUGGCCGCGAUCCUUACAACAAAAAGAACGUUGACGAAGCCAGCAAAAAUGCGCUUAAAGCGGUUUCUGUACUCAAUGAACACCUCCUCGUACAUACCUAUCUCGUUGGGGAGCGUAUCACUUUAGCCGAUCUGUUCACAGCCGGCAUCAUCUCCCGCGGCUUUGAAUUCUUCUUCGACAAGCACUGGCGUGAGGAGAACCCUAAUGUCACUCGAUGGUACGAGACUGUGUGCAACCAGCCGAUCUACUCGGAUAUUGCUGGCAAACUUGAUUUCAUUGAUGAGGCCAUCAAGAACCAGCCUCCCAAGACAGAAAAGCAGGAGAAGCCUAAGAAGGAGCAAGCCCCAAAGGCACAACCUAAGCCAAAGGCUAAAGAAAUUGAAGAGGAAGAGGAAGAGGAGGACAAACCAGCGCCCAAGCCAAAGCACCCUCUAGAAGCUUUACCAAAGCCGACACUAGCUCUCGACGACUGGAAGCGCAAGUACUCCAAUGAAGAGACACGGGCAGUCGCACUGCCCUGGUUUUGGGAGAAUUUCAACGCGGAAGAUUAUUCGUUGUGGAAAUGCGAUUACAAGUACAACGACGAGCUUACGCAGACCUUCAUGACUGCCAAUCUCAUUGGCGGAUUUUUCACCCGCCUCGAAGGUUCCCGGAAGUACAUCUUUGGCUGCGCCUCUGUCUACGGCAUGAAGAACGACUCCAUUGUCCAAGGUGCCUUCGUCAUCCGUGGCCAGGAAGCUCUACCUGCCUUUGACGUCGCACCCGACUACGAGAGCUACGAAUUCAUCAAGCUUGAUCCCAGCAAAGCCGAAGACAAGGAAUUCGUCAAUGACCAGUGGAGUUGGGAUAAGCCGGUCGAGGUUCAAGGGAAGACAUAUGAGUGGGCGGACGGGAAAGUAUUCAAGUAA